AACACAAACACCCUUAGAUAAGAGUCAUAAGACCAAUACCAUACUCACUCCCACCCUUCUCCCUUUUUCCUCUCUUCUCCGAUUAUCCCUCACCACCGCCGAUAUGCGAAUCAGAAAACGCCAGCUCCCAUUACCCUUCUCUUCUCUUUCAGAUCCCCUCCUCCGCCACUCUCCGCCGGUGCAACUCCCUCCCUCCUCCGAUCCUCCAAAUCUACACCCCUUCCCCUCCGAUAAUGCCUCGGACAACAAUCAGAAGCUACACCAACAUGAUUCCAGGAAAACAACUGUGAUUGGUGCAGAAACAAUCAAUAAUGGGGUUCUUCCACUAUCCACUUCUUCUUCUUCUCAAGGUGGUGGGCGAUGGUGCGAGAGGGAGAAGGCAUUUCCAUUAAAGAAGAGAAGAGGGAGCUUUGAGAGGUCUAACAACGAUCAGGACGAUAAUGACGAAGAUGAUGACGAGGAGGACGAUCAAGUCGUCACCACCAGUACUGUGAAGUUAUUGCCGGAUGAGAAGAAGACGAUGAAGACAAAGAUGAACAAAAAAAGCACAUUGUCGUCACAGAAACAAACUAAACUAGGUCUGGAUCUCGUCGGAAAAAAGAGGUCAAGAGGUGGUGCGUUAAUGGAGGGAUCUCGGUGCAGUCGUGUCAAUGGACGAGGAUGGCGAUGCUGCCAACAAACUCUCGUUGGGUAUUCUCUCUGUGAGCAUCACUUGGGAAAAGGUCGUCUCCGCAGCAUGAAUAACGUUCGUAGCCGCUCUUUGGCCGCUGCCACCGCUACACCGAAGAACGUCGUCGUUGAUGUUGAAGACGAAAAGAAGCCAUCUCCAUCUCCAUUUCCAGCACCGCCAUCGUCGUCAUUGACAUUGGCAAGUAAGAAGAGAAUGAAACUGGGUGUGGUGAAAGCGAGGUCGAUAAGCAGCUUGCUUGGCCAACCAGACGGCAUGGUGGCGACACCGCCGCCGCCUCCUCCUCCGCCACCAAUGGUGCAUGAUGACAACAUUGACGACUAGAAAACUAUAUAUUACUACAUAAGUACCUCCUUGAUCUUCCAGUUAAUCUUCACUUUCUGUCUUGAUUUUAAAUUUUCCAAUUUAAUGGUUGAUGUGUUUCGAAAAUUUUCAAUUAUGUUGUUUUGUAUAAAGAAUGUUAAUAGGAAAAGUUGAUAUUAUCAUA